AUGCUAAGCAAGAGGCAAGUGAUUGCUGCAUUGACUGGUAUUGUCUACUUGGGAGACUCUUACACGCAAGACAAAGUGGCGAAUAUCAAUGGUUCACUCUAUCAACUGGUUAUGAACAUGGCUUUUAUGUUUCAGUUCGUCGUAGUGAAUCAUUUCUGCUCGGAAAUCAGUACGUUCUACCGUGAAUACAGCUCAGGACUCUACAGUGUACCCGCGUAUUUCCUGGCUAAGAAUCUGGCUGAGUUGCCUACUUACACACUGGCGGCUGUGAUCUUCGGCACAAUUCUCUAUUGGAUGUCGCGUCUCUUUCCACUGUGGGAUGCUUUCGGUUUCUAUCUGCUAAUUGCUGUUCUUGUGCAGAACACGGCCAUUUCUAUCGGUAUGCUCAUUCAUCUGCACCAAAAUAAGGAGUUCGGAUCACAUGAAAUGAAAAAAUCGGAUUUCAAAUCCCAACAAAUCAGAAGUAGUGGCGAUGUGGCCAUAGAACCGUUGAUUUACCGUUGA